GUCUGGACGUUAAUUAUUUCAGCUGCAAUGCGUUACGAUAUAGACUCACAGCGAAGACCACCAGCUAAUUUACUGCAUCUUUUACGACUGAUUUAUCUUUACUAAGUUUUUGAUGUUCCUUCGAAAUCGAACGCUGAGAUCAUCCUAUACAUUGCAAAUUGCACAAUAUACGGCAGUAAUUUACGCCUUCCUUGGCACAACACUGCGGAAGCUUUUUAUUGCCGAAAUCGAAUGGUUUUUCUUUAUACGUACCUGGCCAAGAGGCGCAGUCUUAUAUGCGCGUAUGACCCAAAACUCCGUCUUAACGGGUUUUGGACGCCUUUGGAACCCGGCAAUGCGGUUCCGUAUUUUCUGAUUGAAUUAUCUAUGCAGAAUUAGUCGGCAUAGGAAAAUCUAUAUUUGUAUAUCAACUGGUGUUGUAAAAUUUCAUCGUUUCAUUAUCGUACCACCAUCUGCAAACCAUCAAAAUGCCCGCAGGUCAAAAGGAAGUAGGAUUCGACGUGGGAACUGAAGAUGGGAACGAUGGCGAUAGGAAAGCACUAUUCUGCGAAAUGCUGGAGUUGCGGCCGGGUCAAUCGGUAUGGAGAGAAACCGCUCGAUGGGUGAAAUUCGAAGAGGAUGUGGAAGAAGAUGGCAACAGGUGGUCGAAGCCGUUCGUGGCUUCGCUGUCCAUGCACGCCGUGAUGGAGUUGCGUAACUGUUUGGCCAAGGGUUCCAUCCAGUUGGGUGCUACCGCGCAGUCCCUUAAUGAGGUGUGGGGCAUGUUGGCAGACGACUGGGUCAACAUGAAGCUUAUUCCCGGCACUUUGCACGAAGCGGUUGUGGCGACGCUGUCGCAGCCGAUUCGACAUCAGCAUCAGAUGGGCGGCUUUCUGGCUCCCAAAAAAGGCGGCGAUGAUCGUGCCGCUUCACCCAUGAAGCGUAGUCAAAGUGCCGACCCCGAAUCCGGUCCUCAGACACCAUCCAUACUGACAACACAGCCGUCUAUGGCCAGCACCAUUGAUGACUUGGCGGCUGCGGAUGGUAAACUAUCGACUAACAAGCGAUUUUUCAAAAAACUGCCACCGGGCUGUGAAUCCGCGGCUAUUCUCGUGGGAGAGUUGGAAUUCAUUCGGAAACCACUAUAUGGAUUUGUCCAACUAGCCAAUCCAAUCCAACUGAAAAAUCUCGUGGAAGUUCCCACACCCACACGUUAUGUUUUCGUGGCACUGGCACCGCGAGCCAAAGGAGGACGCUUCAUUCGGGAAGUGGGUCGAACUAUGGGAACGCUGUUCUCCGACGCUUUGUUUCAACACGAAGCUGUGUCAGUGCGUGAUCGAGAUGACCUUUUAAAUGCUGUGGAUAAUUUUCUGGGAUGCACUACCGUUCUGCCACCAGGAGAAUGGAAUCCAACCAUCCGUAUUGAGCCACCCACUAAUGUGCAGAGUCAAGAAAACCGCAUGCAGCAAAAGCAUCUUCGUGAAGGUGUACUGCAAGAAGUACCGGAAAUCCCACACGAAGCUCACGGUUCGGAUAUUCGGAGGACUGGCAGAAUUUGUGGUGGGCUGAUUGACGAUAUCAAGCGAAAAUCCAAAUGGUACUUACACGAUUUCAAAGAUGCCCUGCAUAUCCAAAGUAUUGCCUCCAUCAUUUUUCUUUAUUUCGCAUCGAUGACCCCCUUAGUUACCUUUGGUGGACUUAUGAGCAAAAUGCUGCACAAAAGGAUGGGUGCGAUCGAAACCAUUAUGGGCCGAGCCAUUUCCGGUGUUUUCUGGGGAUUCACUGCUGGACAACCUAUUGUGAUUCUCGGUAGUACUGGACCAAUCCUCGUGUUUGAGACCAUCACAUAUGAGCUUUGCCAACUCAUGGACAUAGAGUAUCUGAAUUUCCGUGUCUGGAUCGGCUUUUGGUCGACGUUAUUCCUGUUGAUUAUGGUAAUAUUCGAUCUAAGUUUCCUGGUGGGCUACAUUACUCGGUUUACGGAGGAAAGCUUCGCGGCACUGGUGUCUGCUAUUUUUGUGUAUGAAUCGAUCAAGAAACUUCUCCACAUCGCCGAGGAGCGGCCGGUACAGACCCAUCCUGAUCGUAAUCCGCAAAUUGCUCACCUAUGUUUUUGUAAUGUUACUCGUGACCAUCCCAACGCCAUAUUCACUGGAAACAAUCUAAUUGUCAAUGCGACCCAGAAAUAUUUUAAGUUUGAAGUGUCCACUUUUAACUUACACGACAUGGAGAUUGCCUUGCCGUUCAAUGGCAGUUAUUUUUCCAAGGAUGACUGUACCAAGUUGAAUUUCACACUGACCGGCAUUGGAUGCGAUAAGCCGUUUUAUGAGCCAAAUGCAUUUCUGUUGUCCGUGUGCUUAUUUUUCGGGACGUUUAUCAUGUCCAGAAUGCUGAAAGCGUUUAAAUUUGCUCCUUGCUUUCCGACGCUUGUACGCCAAACUGUCAGUGAUUUUGCGGUUAUUAUCAGCAUCUUUACGUUCGUUAUGAUUGAUUACCUUCUGGGAAUCGACACACCGAAAUUGGAAGUUCCAGACAAAUUCGAGCCGACAUAUUAUGGCCGGCAAGGCGAAUGGAUUGUACCGUUGUUCGGGAAUAAAAACGCAUGGUGGACAGCACUGCUAGCUGCGGUUCCCGGCUUGCUUGCCACAAUCCUGAUCUUUAUGGAUCAGCAAAUUACAACGGUAAUCGUAAGUCGCAAGGAGAAUAAGCUGCGCCAUGGAGUCGGUUAUCACCUUGACUUGCUCAUGACCGCUAUUUUAAUUGCGUUACUGUCCUGGAUCGGUAUGCCCUGGAUGAUUGCCGAUACGGUACUGUCGCUCACGCAUUCCAGCAGUCUGCGAAUGGAAUCAGACGUUGCCGCACCAGGAGAACGACCGACAUUUUUGGGCAUUCGCGAACAACGUGUGACGAAUAUUAUCAUUUCCGUUUUAAUCGGGGUUUCCAUAUUUUUAACCAAAUUCCUGCAGAUGAUUCCUAUGCCGGUGCUUUUUGGAGUGUUCUUAUUUAUGGGCAGUAACGCUUUAUUGGGUUUGCAGUUCACCGACCGUCUCAAACUCGUCUUGAUGCCAUUAAAAUAUCAACCAGAUUACGUGUAUUUACGACAUGUCAAAAUCAGCCGAGUGCACCUGUUCACUCUGAUACAGCUGCUGUGUUUAGCGCUUCUGUGGGUUCUGAAAUCAUUCCAGGAAACCGCUAUGUUGUUCCCUGUUAUGGUGGGAGCUUUGGUUGGUGUCCGGAAGCUUCUUGACUACAUCUUUACCCAAAAGGAACUGAGCUACUUGGACGAUUUGAUGCCGGAGAGUACAAAGCGAAGAAAAGAGGACAGACGCAAAAGUCAAGAUGUGCAAUUCUUCAAACCUAACGCGGAAGGUGUUAUGCAUAUUCCGUUACCGAACGGCAACGUCUUGACCGUUCCCAUGAGCGAAAUGGAGCGGCGCGUGUCCACAGCCAUUCGUCCCAACUUUUCCUCGCAAAUUCAGGACACGCAGUUAUGGAAAAACAUCUCGACAGAGGAGAUCGAUAGAGACGGGAAAAACGGACCACACGCUGUCCGUUGGUCCACACCAACUAGUCCCGGAACCGCGGAAACAAAGAAACUACUUCCAUAACUUUGCGGUAUUAUUGCGCUUCCCGAUCGUAAGAUGAUUUAUUUAAUGAAAUAUUUAUUUAUUUGAAGGAUAUUUGUGAAUUGUGACUGUGUAUCUGUGAAUCUGGUUCCCGUCAAAAUUGUUUUAAAAGAGAUGUGUUUAUUUAAGUUGUGAAACGGGUAGUCAAGUAUUUGCAUGUACGAAUAGUACGUGUUACAGUUCGCAUGAAUCAGUGCGUUAAACAUCACUGUGACACUAUUCUUUGUUCAGUGGAUCGUAUAAUAAAGUUUACAUGUUCUUUGA